CCGGCAUUUUCGAGAUCAAGAAAUGAAGAACCCUUGAAUGAGUAGAAAAAGGCUUCAUUUUUAUCUACUAGCUUUGCUCUUCAACCUACGGCCGCCACCAUCGGAGUAGAAAGGAAGAAGAUCUCCAUCCGUAAAGCUUUACCAACCAAUUCUCCCAAAAAAACUGCUCCAAUUCCGCCUAACUUACAGUUGGGACCUUUGAACCCUAAACAAAACACAAUAUGGUUAAUGCAAUCAAAGGACUGUUCAUAUCAUGCGACAUACCAAUGGCGCAAUUCAUUAUCAAUAUGAACAAUUCUCUGCCAUCCUCACAGAAGUUCAUAAUACACGUAUUGGACAACACUCACCUGUUUGUGCAACCUCAUAUGACUGAAAUGAUUAAAAGCGCCAUUUCAGAGUUCAGGGAACAAAAUUCCUACGAGAAGCCUGGAUAAUUUUAUUUUUUUCAUUCCCUCUGUUGUGUUAGGUGAUCUGAUCAUCCCGGUAAUUCAAAGCUACUUGUGGGUAGAGGUGAAAAUGGUUAAAUCGAUUUGUUUUAUCCUAUUCAUAUUAAAUUUAAAUUAUAUUUAUCCAUAAUUUGUAAUCUAAAACUAUUAUUAUAUAUUGAUUAAUAUAAAUUUGUUUAGAAUUGUUUGAAUAAUU